AUGCUCACAGUAGCUGUGUGCACAGCCUUUCUGGGCUGCCUGCAGGCCCAGGAACUCCAGGGACAUGUCUCCAUAAUCCUGCUGGGAGCAACUGGGGACCUGGCCAGAAAGUACUUGUGGCAGGGGCUGUUCCAGCUCUACUUGGAUGAGGUGGGAAAGGGCCACAGUUUUAGCUUCCAUGGGGCUGCCCUGACGCCCCUUAAGCAGGGCCAGCAGCUUAUAGACAAGGCCCUGGAGACCCUCUCCUGCCCCCAAGACAUGGCCCCCAGUCAAUGCACUGAGCUCAAGGACCAGUUCCUGCAGCUAAGCCAGUACCGCCAGCUGAAGACGGCUGAGGACUAUCAGUCCCUGGGCAGGGACAUUGAGGCGCAGGUCCAACAGGAAGGCCUCCAGGAGGCUGGCAGGAUUUUCUACUUCUCGGUGCCGCCCUUCGCCUAUGCAGACAUUGCCCGCAACAUCAACAGCAGUUGCCGCCCGGGCCCAGGCACCUGGCUGCGGGUUGUCCUCGAGAAACCCUUUGGCCAUGACCACAGCUCAGCCCAGCAGCUGGCCACAGAACUUGGGAGCUUUUUCCAAGAGGAGGAGAUGUACCGGGUAGACCAUUACCUUGGCAAGCAGGCUGUGGCCCAGAUCCUACCGUUCCGAGACCAGAACCGCAAGGCCUUGGACCACCUCUGGAGCCGGCACCACGUGGAGCGGGUGGAGAUCAUCAUGAAGGAGACAGUGGAUGCAGAAGGCCGCAUCAGCUUCUAUGAGGAGUAUGGCGUCAUCCGUGACAUCCUCCAGAACCACCUGACGGAGGUCCUCACCCUGGUGGCCAUGGAGCUGCCCCACAACAUCAGUGACCCAGGGGCUGUAUUACAGCACAAGCUGCAGACCUUCCAGGCACUGCGGGGCCUGCGGAAGGGCAGUGCCGUGGUGGGCCAGUACCAGGCCUACAGCGAGCAGGUGCGCAGGGAGCUACAGAAGCCAGACAGCUUCCAGAGCCUGACGCCAACCUUCGCAGGUGUCCUUGUUCAUAUUGACAACCUUCGCUGGGAGGGUGUCCCUUUCAUCCUGAUGUCCGGCAAAGCCUUGGAUGAGAGAGUGGGCUACGUGCGGGUCCUGUUCAGGAACCAGGCAUACUGUGCCCAGAGUGAGAGGCACUGGGUCGCGGACCAGAGCCAGUGUUUGCCUCGGCAGGUUGUCUUCUAUAUCGGGCAUGGUGACCUGGGCAGCCCUGCUGUGCUGGUUAGCCGGAACCUGCCCAGGACUGUGCUGCCCUCUGAGAGCUGGAAGGAGGUAGAGGCUCAGCCUGGACGCCACCUCUUCGGCCGCCCUCUGUCUGAUUUCUACAUCUACAGCCCCAUGAGGGAGAGGGACGCCUACUCCAUCCUCAUCUCACACAUCUUCCAUGGCCGCAAGGACUCUUUCAUCACCACAGAGAACCUGCUGGCCUCCUGGCAUUUCUGGACACCCCUGUUGGACAGCCUGAGCCGUGAGACCCCGCGUCACUACCCAGGAGGAGCCGAGAGUGGGCACCUGUUGGACUUUGAGUUCAGUGGCAGCCAGCUAUCUUUUUCCCAGCAGCAGCUGGAGCAGCUGGUGCCCAAACCCAGCAGUGCCCCAAUGCCCAGUGACUUCCGGGUCCUCAAGGCCACAUACCGGGAGAGCCCGCUGAUCUUGUCCUGGCCCGAGGAGCUGAUUGCUAAGCUGGCCAGUGACAUUGAGGCCACAGCCAUGCGAGUAGUACGGCACUUUGGCGAGUUCCACCUGGCCCUCUCGGGUGGCUCGAGCCCCGUGGCCCUGUUCCAGCAGCUGGCCCUGCGGCACUUUGGCUUCCCCUGGGCCCACACACAUCUGUGGCUGGUGGAUGAACGCUGUGUCCUGCCCACAGACCCAGAGUCCAACUUCCAGAGCCUGCAGGCCCACCUGCUGCAGUACAUCCGUGUCCCCUACUUCAAUAUCCACCCCAUGCCCGUGCACCUGCACCGACGGCUGUGUGCCGAAGAAGACCAGGGCGCCCAGCUCUACGCACAGGAGAUUGCUGCCCAGGUUGCCAACAGCAGCUUCGACCUGCUGCUGCUGGGUAUGGGCACUGACGGGCACACAGCCUCGCUCUUCCCCCAGUCGCCCGCUGGCCUGGACGGCGAGCAGCUGGUUGUGCUGACCACAAGCCCCUCCUGGCCACACCAACGCAUGAGCCUCAGCUUGCCCCUCAUCAACCGGGCCAAGAAGGUGGCCGUCCUGGUGAUUGGCAGGAUGAAGCAUGAGAUCACCAUGCUGGUGAGCCGAGUGGGCCAUGAGCCCAAGAAGUGGCCCAUCUCAGGUGUCCUUCCAACUUCCAGCCAACUGGUGUGGUACAUAGACUAUGAGGCAUUUCUGGGGUGA